AAGAAAUCAAACAUAGAAAUUAGAAUAAAUGAGAGCAGCAUUAUCUCCUCUGUUCUGUUGUUGUAUUCUGCAACAAUAAUUAGUAACGAAUAAACUAAAAAUGAAAACGAAAGGUGGAUCUAGGCCUCCAAUUUAGGGUUUUCUUCCUCAUUCUCCCUCCAUCGUUUCGGCUUUCGUUUUUCUAAUUUUUUUAUGAAGGGGCAAUCGACUAAAACUUAUUCGCCAAUUAGGGGUUUUGUAUGCGCGGCAAAGAAAAUUGGGCGAUUGCAGUUAUAAGAUUAUAUAUCUAUGAUCUAACCAUACGAAACGAGUUAUUUGAUUUGUUAAUAUGGGAGGAUCGCAGAAAUCAAAGAGGGUUUCAUGGGCUACUGAAGUUAAUCUAUGUCAGGAUGAGAUGAUGCGACCAUGAAGGUUUGUGGAUGUAAAUGUGAGAGCAUAAUCAUAUCACUCUCCACCUUCCGUCCGGCACUGGUGGAAAGAUGUUGGCUCAAUGCUCUAAAGAUGGUGAUUUGUUUGCUCCAGUAUUAAUUACAAACUUGAUCUUAUCAUGUCAGUCUGGGCAUUUGACUUCGCAUUGUGAAUGUCUGACGGGUAAGGCUAUUUUUGUCGGAAGAAUGUCCUUCACAGGUUGGAAUGGGAACCCAAGACCAUCUCCUUCAGGCAAAGGCAUGGUCGUUACAGGCAGGUGGCAUGGCGUCUGAAGACAACUUGCCUCCGGGCUUUGAGUUAAGCCAACCUGCAAAUCCUUGGGCAGUGAAGCUAUCUCAUAUAUCUCUAGUGAAAUGGAAGUGUCCUCCUAGGAUUGAAGUAGAUAGCUCUUGGCGAGUCGUUGCUGGGGAAGAAAGCAGAGAAACAGAAACCCAGGAUCAACGAGAAAUGAGAGUGCUAGAAGCAAUAUAUCCACGCCCGUCAGCCAUUCCUUUAAACCCUUCUGCAUUAGUCGGUGCAGAAGACUCAACUAACAAUGACCAGUGCACUCCAGUGGUUCCUAUCACAUCAAUCGAAGAUGAAGAUGCUUCAGUGGAUACAUUGUAUGCCUCCAUGGGAUCAAACAGUACACCAAUGAUUUCCCAGCAACAGCACUCACCUCAUGGGGAAUUUUUAUCUCAGGUCAACACUACUUUAACACCUUCUGUUGGUUCAGCAACAGGCAUGGAACCUGAUAUUAUAGCAGCUGCACAAGCUGCCUUGUCAUCUGUCAUGCCGAAUAGUGAUCAGAGGAACCUGAUAGAUCGUGAGCUGCUCAUGAAAAUUCUCAAUGACCCAAAAAUGAUCGAGCAACUGAUUGCAAACCAUACUGCAUCUGCUAGUGGGCAAACUGCGGCAUCAUCUAGCAUGGCAUCUUCAUCCACUUUCCAUGGCAUGCCAGUUAUGGGAACCAAAAAUGUUGCAUCGUAUAGUUUGCCUGGAAUACCAUCAACUAGUGCACAGUAUAUCCCCAAUUUGGCCUCGACUCCUAUGGGUUCUUUUGAUUCAGACAUUAUGGCUGUCCAUCGAAGAGAGCCACUCCCUGGUCGUUUUACAAGACCAGAAAUGGUUGUUCCAUCACCUAUUUUUGCAGCAUCUGGACCUUAUCAUUCACCAAGUAGGACAGGAUCCAUCCCCCAUCUACGACCAUCGGUACCCGAUGUCAUAUCCGUGCCCUCUCCAUCAAUAGCAGCUCCUGUAGCAAAGGAUAUGAACUAUUAUAAGAGCCUCAUUCAGCAACAUGGGGGAGAGAGAAGAGAGACUAUGCCCCAGUUUGCUCAUCAAAGUAACCAAGCCCUAGUGAUGGGUCAAGAACCUCUGAAUAACACGAUGAUGAGACCAAGGGACACGAAGCCAAGGAUAAUGAAGCCUUGCAUCUAUUUCAAUAGUUCGAGGGGUUGCAGGAAUGGCCCGAACUGCACCUUUCAGCAUGAUGUAUCACCGCAGCAGAAAGUCAAUAGUAUUCCGAAUGUUCAAGGUACUAAGCGAAUGAAACUGGAUAGAGAAAUUACCGGUGCAUAAUUUUGCUACCGAUGCGUUUCUUUUGUGUAAAUCUUUGUUACUGUGAUGAUUCGUUUCCCAUCUCUCUUAUGUUCUUUUCCCUGAGGGCCAAUUAAUAUUUCUUAUUCCAUGCUAUAUUGCUAUUA